ACUAUAAAAUAACCCUCGUCACUCUCGGGCGUGCCAAACACAAACAGUCCACGAGUGAACUGGAAUAACACACCAACAAUACACACCAACACGCGCGUGCACCUGCUACCGGAAUUGACAUCUGUGAGAAGCUGCGAGGGCACUGAACAUCAUGGACUCCGACACGAGCCGAGUGUCCAGUAGACCUUCUUCUCCUGAAGGCGAUGAUCUCUUCCUGUCCGCAGUCAAGAAGUCCGUGGGUUUCUCCGGCGCCGUCUCCUCCACGCAGAGCGAUUCUCCUCCGGAGUUAAGAGGCGCAGAUCUGCAUGGCAGCUCCAGCGCCGAUGAGGACUCAAUGGCUCUGAAGAUGCUCUCCAAAAAGGACCGUAAACUUCUAUCCGAGAACGAACUGCAGAGUAUGCGCCUCAAGAUCAACAGCCGCGAGAGGAAGCGCAUGCACGACCUCAAUAUCGCCAUGGACGGGCUCCGGGAGGUCAUGCCCUAUGCCCACGGGCCAUCCGUGCGCAAGCUCUCCAAAAUAGCCACCUUGCUGCUCGCGCGCAACUACAUCCUUAUGCUGAGCAACUCGCUGGAGGAGAUGAAACGGCUCGUGAGCGAGAUCUACGGUGGAGGGAGCGGGGCCCAUCACGCCGGUUUCCACCCGUCCGGUUGCGGCACCCUUGCACACGCGGCCGCUCCGUUAGCUGGUCACCCUGCUGCUGUCUCGCAUUCCUCUCACCCGGUACAUCAUCCUCUGCUACCACCAGCAGUUUCCAGUGCCGCAUCUCUCUCCGGCCCGGGUCUCUCAGCCGUCAGACCGCAUCACGGACUCCUCAAGGCACCAUCCACCUCAGGGCCACUCGGCGCUGGUUUCCAGCACUGGGGUCCCGGGAUCCCGUGUCCGUGUAGCAUGUGCCAGGUGCCUCCGCCUCAUGUGUCCGGUAUGAGCACCGUCAGCAUGCCACGACUGACCAGUGACUCAAAAUAAA